AUGAAAAAUGUAAUUUAUAUUUUGAUUAGCAUAGGCAUAUUUGCCUCAGACGCAGUUGUAGCAAUCGCAUUACUAAGAAGAAGGCAAUGGCAAGGUGUGUCUUCACAUCUGUCUAACAACCAGCUGCUGUUUAUAUACCCUCACGGGAAUGACACAUCCUGCGGUGUCAACCGACGAUGGAAGGAUUCAUGCCUCCAGGCAUUGAAUCCCGAAACGGCAGAGCUACACCCUGAGGAACUCAGCAAUGUAGAGCCUACUAUUAGCGACGAAAGAAUCGCAGAAUUGAAACGCCUAGGUGUCGUAGAAGGUGAUAGUAAAAGUUGGCGUAACUGGCAUAUAGUUACAAAAGGUCAAUGGCCAGAUAUAGGACAAAAUGUGACGCCACGAUCAGAAGUUAACCCGGUUAUUACCGAACCAUAUGCAUUACGUAAACCUCUAGAGUAUUGGGGAUUUAUGCGUGGUGUGGAAACUAACAUCGCAUCUUACCCAAUAGUAUGGGAGUACUUCAGCAAAACGUUUGGGAAGGUUGAUGUUGCUGAAUACGGUGGUAGUAAUCCACUCUAUAACCCGGCUCUAUUCCAACCCAAGUGGCACAUUUCAGAAGAUCGUGGUGGUUUAGGAUACAAUGAUUGUCGUCUCUUUGGCGGUUGGAUUGGUCUCGACCUAGAUUCACCAACGAAAUUAAAAACAGCAAGUGAACUUAUAUCAAUACCCGAUACCGGAAGGUUGUACCAGAAAUUUUAUAUGGGACCAUAUCCCAUCACCAUGGGAUGGACAAUAGGAUCAUUGCUAAAAGUACUAUCUCUGGCGAGGAGCCCAGGCCACGGUGUAGUAGCGGUCAAGAUACACAAUAUGCGUGAGGAUACAACAAUCGAAGGCGUCGUUGACGACUUGCUGAAUAUCGCAUUAAAUCUAAACGAGGUAGCCUUGGAGACUCUGAAACCAGGUGAAGAGGCACGGUUGCGUACUGUAAUUCAAGGUCCAGCCACUGUAUGUGCUGGAAGCCUCGAGUGGCCUUCCUUCGUACGAGUGGCUUCUCCGGACACCUACAUCACACGUAUCGAAGAGGGUGCUUAUCUAGAUAUAGAACUUAAGAUUGAAUGGGGGCGAGGUGUCUGGUUAGCUGAUGAUAAAGGUCUUUUUCGUCAUGAGGAAGCUGCUGAUUCUGCAAUUAUGAAACGGCGUCAUAUAAAAGAGGUAGAUGAGGAAGGUUUCUAUCCCAUGACUACGUUCUUCGGGGGAUGCCGUAUGGUCAGGUUGACUGUACACAAACUACUAGGGCAACGCUGGGAUACAAUAUCGAGCACAUGUCCUGACCCCCGUGAACAGCUCGUAGUAGAGAUAUGGACCGAUCGAUCUACCACACCCAAGGCGGCAUUGGAAUUUGGAUUAUUAGAGAGCCUUGCAUGGAUUCGCGAACUUAAACGGCAGCUUUCCCAGGACGUGGAUUUCGACGGAGAAGAUGAACAGUUACGUGACACCUGGGAGAAAAUAGACAAAUAUAAAUCAUUGGAACAUCGUCAACGUAUGAUGGGAGGUCCCCCAGUCUAUAAUCUCCACGAGUUGGACGCUAUACCUGGUCUAAAGGAAUCAGAUUGUCAAUAUGUUGGAUCCGUUGACGACGUUAAAUUGGUGCCACAGGCGCCUUAUUCGCUGCCAAAAAUCCCGCCACCUCGACCUGAGCAAGACUCCUUGGAAUGGCUGGCACGUGACUUGCAAACGGAAGAGUAUACUGAUAAUUCGGCGAUAAAUGCCAAAAACUUUGAAAAAUUCAUACCAAAGGAUGAAGAUGAUACAGCUAACGUCGAUAUAUGUGUUCUUCCUGUGUCACGUGACGUAGUGGAAUCACUGCGGCUAUGUGGUUUCAACACUGUAGCCGAUAUCGUGCGUCUGCCUGUAGAUAAGCUCGAAAGCUAUCCUGGAGUCACUCCGUCUGAUGCGAAAAAGAUUAUAGAGUUCAUAGAGGUGAACCUGAAGAUAAAAUUUGCAGACUUUCAGGACUAA